AUAUCUUCACUAAAACAAUAAUUGUUUUUUUAAUAGGAUGUCAAAUCAUAAAUAGACAAGUAAUUAGGGACAGAAGGAGUACUAUCUAUCAUGAACACACAUAUAUUUAUUUUUUUUAAAAAAAUUGUGUAUGUGUGUGGUGGUGGUGGUGAUAGGGUGGGGUUGGUGGUUAAAAAUGUGGGAAGUCGUAAUUCGUAUCCUCACCUACAAAAAAUUUAGAUAGUCAAUCAACUGAGCUAGCUAAUGAGAUCCGAAAAUAAUUUUCUAUAUAUUUUUUGCUUCAUAGAAAUUAAAUUCAAUUUGCUUUAAAUUUGCCUAGCCAGGCUGUAUAUACUACUAUUUCAUAUGACUCUUUACUCCACCAAGAAUUUUAAUACUACUAUUAUACUACUAUAUAUUAAAGUUUACCUUAAGGUUUUUGUGCAUGACACAAAGCACUAGAAAGGGACAAAUUUAUAAAAUCCUUUUUUUUUUUAUAGUUUUGCAGACUAUCUUAUCAUAUAGUGAUCAUUUGCCUUUUGUACUCUUUUUAAAACUAUUUUGUACCCUAAAUUUCACUGACAAAUUAUAAGUCAUUCUUGGAAUAAUUUAAAAAUUGUACUUCUUUUUUUUUCUACUAAAGAUGGAGAGUUUGCUUUGUGAUGAAAUUUGGCUAGAAAAAGAAGAAGAAUUGAAAAAUAAUGUUGAAAAUUCUUGUUUUUUUAAAUCAAAAGAAGAUUGUGAAGAGGCUUUUAAGAUUUUAUUAAACAAGGAGAUAAGUUACAUGCCUAAAAUAGGCUAUGUGAAGUUUAUAAAAGAGAAUUGUUUUAUUGAAAAUGCAAGGUUUAAAGCUAUUCAUUGGUUUAUUAAGUCUCAAAGGAGGUGGAAUCUCUCAUUUGGGACUUGUUUUGGUGCUGCAAGUUACCUUGAUCGAUUUAUCUCUUUAAACAAGUGUCAGGGAUGGAAAUAUUGGAUGUUUGAGUUACUCUCAAUUGCAUGUUUGUCUGUGUCCUCUAAAUUCCAUGAAACAAGUCCCCCUCAAUUGCUUGAAUUACAGAUGGAAGGAGUUGAACAUUUGUUUGAAUCAACAAUGAUUCAACGUAUGGAAUUGACAUUAUUGGAGACUUUAGGAUGGAGAUUAAAUUCUACAAUACCAUAUUCAUAUAUUGAAUUAUUUCAAUGGAAUAUUAAUACGCUCAAAUUAUCCCUCCUUCGAGAUUUCACUUCAAGUGUCAAUGACCUACUUCUUCGAAUUCUUUUGGAUGUUAAAUUCUUGGAGUUGAGGCCUUGUGUGAUUGCACAAUCUGUUGUUACAUGCAUUUCUGAAGAUUUGUCUCUAUUAAUAGAUGACUCUUGUUUCAAUAAUUUUACUAGACUCAUCCCUCAAAACCAAAAGGAUGAUCUAAGCAAGUGUCAAAGAAUGGUGAUAAAUAAACAAUUCUUGAUUAAGGAAUAUCAAGAAUUAAUAACAAGUGAAGUUUUUAAUUAUGGCCCUUCAAGUCCAGUAACUGUAUUGACAAUGGAUCAACAUGUUUUGUGUGAUAUUCCUCAAGGAGAUAUUAAUUAUAUUUCUAAUGCUAAUAAACGUAAAAGGGAACGUUAACGAAUGCGUCUGAUGAAUAUCAAGUGGUUGAAAUUAUUUUCGAGACGAAUCUAUCAAAUUUGAUCGAUUCUAAAAAUGUAGUUUGUUAUUAUUAUUAUUAUUAUUAUUGUUCUAUUGCUAAAUAGCGAAGCUUUUAGCAACACUCAUUUUAAUUUACGAUUGUAAUUUUCUUAGCCUAUAUUUAUGAGUGUCUUUUAUGGCAUGCUUGAUGAGAUAUUUCCUGUUGUAUUUGAAUUUGAAUAAUAUAGAAGGUAUAAAUUAAA